AUGUCGUUUCGCCGGCGCAACAUAGGCCUAUCUGCCAGCACGAACAAGGAUCAACAUGAUCAGUCAUCAAAAGCGCCUCUUUCGGCUGCGCCAGGUGUGCGCCCUUCACCUAUCGAUGGACGGCCUACUACAUCUACAGGGACUGCCUCGUUGGACAGCCUACUGGCCGGUCAUGCAGGCUUACCUCUGGGUACAUCCUUACUCGUCGAAGAGAAUGGAACAACCGACUAUGCAGGAGCACUGCUACGCUACUUUGCUGCCGAAGGUCUUGUCCAGGGUCAUCAUGUCCAUGUUGUCGGUCUGCGGGAGAAAUGGGGAAGGGAGUUACCUGGUCUGGUUAGCUCGGAGAAGGAGGAGAAGUCGCAGAGAGCAGAAGACAGGAUGAAAAUUGCCUGGAGAUACGAAAGUUUGGGUCAAUUCGAGGCUGGUGUCUCGUCAUCAAGAGAUCCAGUGCAUUCGCGUACAGGUAUCAGCGACGCUGGUCAAGCUCGUUCCCAGCCCUUUUGCCAUGUCUUCGACUUGACCAAGAAGCUGGAGCAUCCGCCUGAUGCCAAUAUCUCCUUCUUGAAGGUGUCUCCCCAUCCCGAAAGAUCUCCGUUCUCCCCCAUUCUAGAGCAAUUGCACACCAUCCUCGCGGAUUCCCCGAACACCAGCAUCCAUCGUCUCGUUGUGCCCGGUCUGUUGUCACCUCAAAUAUAUCCUCCGCACUCCAGCCUUCCUCACAAUGUCCUUCCAUUUCUCCAAGGUGUUCGGGUCCUGCUAGCCGCAUACCCGGCACGACUAGCAGCAGUUAUCACUCUCCCACUGUCCCUUUUCCCUCGAAGUUUAGGACUAGUCCGAUGGAUGGAACUGCUUAGCGAUGGGGUGAUCGAAUUAACACCAUUUCCGCAUUCAAGCGACCAAGAUCGAGCUGCUCCAAAACCACCACCAGGUGAAUCAGCCACCUAUGAAGAACCUCCACAAGGCUUACUAAAUGUCCAUCGUCUUCCAAUUUUCCAUGAGCGCGGAGGUGGCUCAAGCGCUGUUGGAGAGGACUGGGUAUUUACGUUGAGCCGGAGAAAGUUUACAAUCAAGCCAUACAGCUUGCCUCCAAUAGAAGGUGACACAGAGGCCCAACAAACACACCCGGCAGGUCAACAGCCCAAGAAGUCUGACAUGGAAUUUUGA